AUGUCGUUCCUCGGAGCGAUUGGAUUCAUCAUGGAUGGUAGUGGACUUAAGGAGGCUUUUUGUGAAAUAUAUGCCGAAAAUUCGUCCGACAAAGCUCUUACCGGGCACGCAUAUGCACGAGCUAUCAGAGGACAUUAUCUAGUACAGCUCGCCUUGUCUGAAAUCAUUUUUUCAUCGAUGGAGUUGUCGGACACUGAAAAGGGGCUAAUGGAUACACUUUUUCAGGAUGUAGGAACAGAAAAUUUUGAAGACAAUUGGCAUCACGAAGAUUUUAAGAUCAUAAAAGAAAAAUUUAUUGAGCAUCUAAAUUUAGUACAAAAAAGAGGUCCUACCGCAAAACUUUGGAUGCAGUACUGGCAAAUGAUCUCAUUGGUUAAAGAUUUUAUACGGGCUGAACGUACAGGUAAUUGGGAAUUACAUUUAAAAUGCGUGGAAAGAAUGCUUCCCUAUUUUCAUGCAAGUGGGCACUUUUUAUACGCAAAAUCUGCUCAUCUCCAAGAUAUACGUAAGCUUAAAUACACAAUAAAUAAUGAUUAUGAAUUUACGAGAUUCACCGAAGGAUUCUUUACAAUUAGACGUACUCACAAGUUUUGGUCGGGAGUUUGGACGGAUAUGACGAUCGAACAAGUUUUGAUGAGAUCUAUGAAAACUCAGGGUGGACUUACACAUGGUCGUGGUUUGUCUGAAAGUGUUUUAACAAAAUUCGUAUUAACAAUGAUCAUACUUGUCGAAGUUUGCAAUGAAAUAGAAGAUUUUUGUAAUGUUUCUUUUGCAACUACAGAGCAACACAUUGAUUCAAGGGAAUAUAGAAUAAUAAGAGAUGUAGCUGAUUUACAAAUAUUACAAACAUUUUUCAACAGGUAUGAUCCUUUUCCACAGACUGAUAACAUUAUGUCAAUAUUUUCUGGAAUUUUUGCCAGUAAUUCUGUAAAUUGCCACGAAGCGUAUGAAGAAGGAAAAAAAUCUUUGCAAGCUAUUGUUGGAAUUAAUUUUGGCAGUGUAAAAAUUAAAAGGAAAAACAAAGUCUUGUCUCUACAAACGGUUCAAUCUUCGGUUAAAGUAAACGGAGAUAUUAUAGCCAUCUAUCCAUUAUUGCUAUUUCAAAGGAUAUCAUUAACGAUCGACAGUAAAAAAGAUAUGGAAACUUAUUUACAAUACGAGCUUGCACCUUUUCCAUUGUCACUUUUUACAGAAAAUGGCCUCAGGAAAAAUGUGAAAUCUCAACUCUACGAAUUAUUUGUGAGUAUGAAUGGACCAACGCAUUCUGACGGGAUAGUGCAUGUCGUCGACGGUGGAUUUUUACUGCACAAAGUAAUUUGGCAGAAAAAUGAAACGGUGGAAGAGAUCAUGAAUAAAUAUUUGCGCAAUGUAGAAAAACAUUACGUAGCAAGCAGCUAUAUUGUCUUUGAUGGUUACCCCGAAAUUAAAAAGUCAGUUACUGCCACAACAGUACCAGCAGCUACUUCAACUAAAAGAGGAGAACGUAGUCUUAGAAAAACCUCAGACAAUAUUCCAGAGUUCGAUUAUCAAAACCAUACAAAAAUACCAUUUUUGCAAGAAAAUUUUUUAUCUAACGAUAAUCAAAACUUUAUUGAAAAGAUUACAGUCACAAGGAUUUUCCUGUAA